AAAAGGUUUCUUUGAAGAAUAGUAGUAUUGAGUAGGUGUUUCUUUCUAUUAUAAUCAAACCAAACGACCCCUGACUGAAUUAACAGCAAGUCCUCUCUUGCAGCUAAGAAGUGAAAGAUAUGAUGAGCUACCUAGCUAGCUAGAUAGUUAUAAUAAUAAUAGCCUUUCAUAUCAUCAAUAUCCCAUCACACCCCCUCACAUUUCUUCCACUGUUCCUUCCUCCUUCUCUCUCUUUCUCAAUCCAUCAAAAAAUACAGUACUACAGUGCUAGCUUCUUCCCCUCUUUCCCUACAGUGUUCAAUGGCUGCAGAAGGAUUUGAAGCAUACCAUGUGCCACAACAAAGUCGUAGAGAUAGGCUUCGUGGUGGAGUAUCCGAUUGCACUGUUUUCCCUUCUUUUUACAAUGAUCAAUCACUCCUAAACCCUUCAGAUUUGCUUCUUCUAUCACAUAAUAAACAAAAAUCCCUUCAUUUUAUGGAUCCACAAAUAUCCUCUUCUUUUCAAGAAAUUGAUAACACCCCCGCUUUUCUCUAUAACACCCAGCAAUCGACUUUUGACGUCGUAUAUAAACAAGAACAAAUAUCAUCAGCAGCUCAUGAGCCAAAUAUUACUACUACUCACAACAACAACAAUAAUAAUAAUUCUAGUAAUAAUUAUGUUAGUACGGGUCAAGGUUUGUCUUUAUCUUUAUCAUAUCAGCCUCAUCAUCAGAACCAACUAAUUAGGACAAGUACUAGUAAUAGUACUGUUCCGCUUGAGCUGAAUUUACAAAGAUACGACUCAUCAUUAUUUGUGGCCGCGGCAGCCGCGGCCUAUUGUAAUAAUGAGUUGUCAUCAAAGAGUAAUAGUAGUACUAUUCUUGGACCUUUUACUGGGUAUGCUUCAAUUCUCAAGGGAUCAAGAUUCUUGAAGCCUGCAGAACAGUUGAUGGAACAAAUUUGUGAUGUGGGUAAUAAUAAUAAGGGUACUUAUGUUGAGAAAUUUGUAGAAGUUGAUGAUGUUGUAGUGAUGGAUCUUUCACCUGAUGCAUCUGAUGACGAUGGAAGUGAACACAGGAGGAACAAGUCCAACUUAGUUUCAAUGCUUGAUGAGGUAUACAAAAGGUAUAAGCAAUAUUAUCAACAGCUACAAGGAGUAGUGGCAUCAUUUGAAUCAGUUCCUGGACUUGGGAAUGCAGCCCCAUUUGCUAAACAAUCUAUAAAAGCCUUGUCCAAACACUUUAGGUGUCUAAAAAAGGCCAUUAGUGACCAAAUGAACUACACAAUUAAAUCUCAUAGUCAUAGUAGUCAAAUAAAUUGUGAUGAUUCUACCUCUACAAAAUUAGUUGGGAAAGACAAGCUAAAUUAUAAUAAUUUCCAAAGAGCAAUAGCAAUACACAAUGCUGGAUUUGUUGAGCAUCAUCAGCCUGCUUGGCGACCGCAAAGAGGCCUACCGGAACGUGCUGUAACAGUUCUCAGGGCUUGGUUGUUUGACCAUUUCUUGCACCCUUAUCCCACAGAUUCUGACAAAGUAAUGUUGGCCAAACGGACUGGUCUUUCAAGGAAUCAGGUUUCUAACUGGUUCAUCAAUGCAAGAGUUAGAUUAUGGAAGCCUAUGGUUGAAGAGAUACACAUGCUUGAAACUAGACAAGCUCACAAAUCUGCUUCACAAAGGGGCCAAAACAACAACAAUACCGUUGAAGUAAAUUUCCCCACAAGUAAUAAUUCACUUCCAUCUGAUCAAAAUCCAUCUACAUCAUCAGCACAACAAUUUCAACAAGUUCCAUCAAAGCGAAUGCGAAAUAAUGAUCCAACAGAUCAUAUGAAUUUAUCAUACGACAAUUUUUCGCCUCGUUCACGAGUUGGAAUUGAUCAAGUGAGUGUAUCAUCAGGUGGAAAUGGUGGGGUAUCAUUAACAUUGGGACUUCAUCAUCAGAACAAUAAUGGAACUGGAAUUGGGGGUUUAUCAACAGAUCCCUUUCCAAGAAAUGCUGCACGACGUUUUGGUAUCGAUGCAAGUAAUGAGGGAUUCAUGUUUGGUGGUGGAUUUGAAGCACCAAAUCGUCAGUUUGAAGGGCAAUUAUUGCAUGAUUUUGUUGGUUGAUUAUUAUUUUGUGCAUUUUGUAGCCCUGUAUUGACAGAUAUCAAUCUAGGAUUUAUAUAUAGUGAUCAUGAAUCAAAUUUGAAUAUUGCAUAAAGUUUUUUUGAUUAUGUAUUUCAAAUCGAGCAGAAAGCAAUGGGUUUAGUUGAACUCAAUUUGCUCUAAAGUGGUGUCUAUGUUUAGACUUAAGAGAAAAUAUGAACACAGAUGAACCACUCAAAAAUAAAUAUAAAUCUUUGAGCAGUUCUGUCAUUUAA